UCAGCACGGACAACAGGUGCAGCCCCCCCUCCGCCGCUCUUGGAUUAUGACCGCAGAGCGCCGGCCGUCGCUUUGUGCAGGGCUUCCUCUUCUGCACUCAGAAUAAUUUGCACGCUUUUAUAUCCUGAUCACUUCCAUCCACAACGAUGCCUUUUCCACCCAUCAGCCUCCACCAGCGGAUCUCAUCGCCUGGCAGGGAUCUAUUCGGAAAAAAGAAAGCCAACGGAGUGCCUCCUCAGACUGAGCAAACUAGCAAAUCUUGCGGAGAGAGAGGGGGGUCGGAUAAGGAGAAACAGCCUACAUCAUGGGCAUCGGCGAAUUUAAGGAACUUAGGGCGAAAACCCCAGCAAGAGAAAAAUAAAAGCCCCACUCAGAAGCCGAGUGCCGGGCAAGGGACCCUGGGAAAACACUCAUGGUUGGCGGUACCCAAACCUCAGGAUUCAUCCGAAGGAGUCAGGCGCUCCAGCUCCAUGGACUCCACGAGACAACUCAGUGGAAAAGAGGAAGGGAAGAAGGAGAUUCAGUUUACACUCAGUCUCACCCCUGAAGCCAUUCUUGUUAUCCAAAAACGGAAUUUAGAAAAACAAAUGAUGGCAAAGCAACAGAAGUGUUGCGCCGGCACUGAUUUUCGGCACCGGCGAGUUUUUCCAUCCAAAAAGGCGCACGGAGGAUCCAAGGGCUGCGCUCCCGCCGCCAAGGCGGAGGGCGCGGAGCAGGACAUCACCGCCAUCGUUAAAAUAUCGCUGCUGAAUGACCAAUACAAGUACGAUGAUGUGGAGUAUGAAGAAGAGGAUGGAGAUGUGGAUGAGACUGUUGUAAGGAAAUGCAAAGAGUGGCUAAAAGGGGUCGAAAAUGCCGCUGCUUUGGGAAAAGUCGACAAACUUUCCGCACUUCCGCACCUAAAAGGCUGUUGACACCUGGCGUUUGUCACCUUUUUAAACUAGGACUCUGCGUGCGAAGGACUCGUGAAUAAUGUGAACAAUGUGCAACUGAUCUGUUGCAAAGGCUUCUUGACUGUGAACCCUGUCAAAAGUAAAAAAGGGGGGAAACCCACUUGUCUCCACAUGAAUGUCAGUUUGUUUAAGAAAUAUAGAAAAUAAAUGUCAGUACCUUUUAUAAAUGUCACUUAUUUAAUAAAAUGAACGAGACGAGGAAGUUCCAUCGAAACAAUGAGGUCAAGAGAGUCACUGACAUGCCUCAUCAAAAAUAAGAUUUUAAAAGCAUCCAGCAGGAUUUAUGGUUCACAGGGAUAUUUGCUUUGCGAGUUUGAUGCCUAAUCUUUUAAGUUUUAGUUAAAUACCUUUGAAUUCUCGUUCUUUGCACAUGGUUUCUGAUUUUCAGUGAGGCGCCUGUGGAUUGGCAGAGGCGGCCUGCGUAAAAAGACGCGGAGUCGCUCCUUUGUGUGGGAGAACAAUAAACUGUCAGCAACAGGGCUUUUUGCCUCUGCUCCUGAAACCAAACUGAAUUGUUUAUUUUUUUUCCUCUCAUCAGAGGGUUAUAUCCUUCACAGUAUUUAAUGUUUACUAAAUAUUUGUACUGUCACAAAUCUUUUUAGUUAUUAAUUUAAGCCAUGUGAGGUAAAAACUUUUUUUUUUUUAAAUCAUGCAACUGUCUCUUUUCAAUUUGCAGUCAUUUCGAUCUCUUUCUGGCCAGUUUUCAGACAAGCAUUUUAAAGGCUUGUUGUCGCCACUGUAGCUGCCUGAGGCCAUUUGGGCAUUAGUGUUCUAAGCUUCUUAGAUUUCCUGUUAAGCGGGGUUCACAGGUGUACUGUAGGGCCCAGGUGCAUGAUCCCUUUAGGAAAUUACCUCCAGACUACCUUACUUUUCACACUGGUAUUAAAAUCUAGUGAAAUGCCAUAUCUACACAACUUGCUGCAAAGUAGUUCUAGUUUGAAGUGAACUAUCCUAAAAGUGUGCUGCUCAGGUAAAGAAAGGUAGUCGGUCAGGUCAGGACAAAACAGAACAUGACUUUUAGAAAAAUAGAAAAAAAAAAAAAAAUCAAUAAACUGCACAUUAAAGUCACAGAUCCUUUAUCUUUUUAGAGUUUAUGGUGGAUUCACUUAGCCUCACCUGCCCGAACUGCAUUGUAAUGAUCAUUAAACAAAAAGUCAAACAGCAAUCAAAUGCAAGCUUAGGAACACAAAUUCAGUUUCUAUGCAUGCAUGGCCUCGAACAUAUUCAAACUUCAGGUGUGUGGAGGUUCAUGUUAACAGGUUUUGUUUCUUUUGUAUUGUUCUCUGUAACUUGGUAACCAGAGUUUUACUCAGUGUGUGCUACAUUUUAAACUCGAUUACCACUUGGACAGAGGAGUUUUGUAAGUUAAAGACACUAUAGCUCGUCUGGAUGACUCACACACCAACAACUGGUAAGACAUUUUAAGAUGUAUACCUCUACUGGUAUCCUCAGGUAAUAGUGUUGAUUCAUAGCCUUUUUCUUUAUUAAUGGAAAUAAGCCCUUUUUUGUUUUGACUUGCUUCUUUUCAGUAAAGAUUACCCUAGAUUUGCCAUAAAACUGGAGUGCAAAGAUCUGCACCAAUCAAGCGCUGUUCCCUCUAUUACAGAUAGAGCAAUGGACCCUGUUGGGGUCAGGUAUUUUAUAUAACGUACUCAUCAGCAGUGCCAGUUUCCCAUUUUUGUUCAGCUGUUCUCUUCUUAAAGGUUUCAGGACUGGAUCAACACCGGAGUAAAGUGUCAAAUACACAACUGUAAAUAUUGUUGUACAGCAUGUAACAUUACAGAUUUUCACAACUGUGUCAUCUGAGUAAACAAACAAGCAUCUACAAUAAAGCAUU